AUGUAUGUUGAGAGAAAGAAAGGGAUUGAUGAUGAGAAGAGUUUGGUUGAGAAGAGGUUGAAGGAGUUUGAGUUUGCAAUGGAGUCCAUUUUACAGCACCUGGAAGAGAGUAACAAUGUGGAAAGUGGUGAAGAUUUUGUUCAUGUGUUAAGGUUUGAUGGAAAUUUUGAUUGGAAGAAGAUUCACAGCCUUAUUCUUAGGGAGCUUCGGAGACUUGAAGAAGGAUUGCCCAUCUAUCCUAUAGGCAGGAAAUUCUUCAGCAAAUACAUCAUCAACAAAUAA